AUGUAUAUAUGCCAACAAAAGCCUUCCGCUGGUCCUUCGGAUAGGAGUGCAGCGUCUUUGCGUUCAUUUCAUUCGGCUCAAUUGCCACAUUCAUUCGAUGAAUCUAUUGGUGGAAUGAAGGCUCAAAACCAAUUAAUACAAUUUUCGCAGGAUCCUGCGAUAGAAGCUUCUGUCUCUGCCUCAAAUCCCAUAAAAAAUAACGAAACGGCAGAGAGUAUUAUCGAUCGGCUUUCUCUUGAAUUAACGAACAACGUUAGCAUUUGUGAACGAAAUAUUGCACUUACUCAAAGCCACGUUAGAAGUGAAAAUGAACUGAGUUUUGGCUGUACUGAUGAAGAUUCCGGAAGCAGUAGGGAGGAUACUAACCCACCACCCCCUCUAUCACCUCCCCCGAGAAGAGAAAGCGGCAUUAAACCUCUUUAUCGUAUUAGAAGUCAAACUCCGGGAGCAGAAGUUUCAAGAGGGCGUUAUAACCCUUCCCUUAUUACGCUUUCUGCUGAUGGUAAAAUUGUGGGAGAGCAGGAUCUCCAAAAAGUUGGUUCCACUGGUCGAAUUGAAAUUGAUCGUUCGCAGUUAGUUUCCAAUGAUGAAAGAAUGCCAAAUGAAGAAGAUGAGGACGACGAGGAUGCUCUUUUAGUCAGCGAGCUUACUCGGGAAACGCAUCUUCUUUCCGUCCAGCAAUCAUUUCCCGAUAUGACUAAGCGAAAUUUUUCCUCAAAAUUUGAUGCCGGAGAUGCUGAUCUGAUGGAUGAUUUUUAUUCGAAUGAAUCACUACAUCUAUUGAGGAAUAAUAAUAUAGCCUUGCAUGGCUUCUCAAGCCGAAUGAGACCUCCUCCUCCACCCCCUUCUUCUCGAGGACAACCAGGACUAGUUCCUACUCUAUAUGGACGAUUGUUAGGUAUAGAUAACGAACUAGAUAGAGAUUUCGGCGUGCACCACCCAGAUAGAUUUCAGAGUAACAUUAUGGAUCUACGUUCAAGUGAAUUUGAUCGUAUGCUCAGUGCUGGCCAGCCAGAUGAUGAGGACGACUGUGAUGAGGGUGAUGAAUAUGAAGAAGACGAUGGAGAAGAAGAUGCCAAUAGUGAAAUCCAAACAAGUCACGCUAUCUACCGUCGGGUCUUUGAUGAAGGUGAGUUUUUUGGCUCUCCAACUUCUCCUCCGUUCGAGCAGAAUUCAUCUAAAGAUAUUGAUUCUAGUGCGGUUGUUGGCUGCAAGCAUUUGACAAAUUCAACCUCCCCCUCACUCUCCUCCGCAUUAUCGAGGGCUGCAACAGACGAAGGGCAAUCUGUGACAGCGGUGUCUUUGUGUGAAGCAGUCAAUCAGCACAUUAUAGAUGAUCCUAAUUCGACAAAUAUCUUCUACCAGAAGGCCUCUGAUCUUCCUGUAACCAGUUCUCUUAUAUCGGGAAUAUCACUAAAUAACCUUACCUCUGCUUCCACUUCAGCUUCUUCCAUGUCUUUAGGCAUCACCUCACGUCCACUUAUUGCACCAUACGCAGAAGGUUUUAAUCAAGUUUCUUCAUUAGCCAAUGUAGUUACUGCCAGCGCUGGCAUAAACCCCUUGAUCCAAGCCAAUAUCGAUCCAUCCGACGGUAUUACUGCCAUUUUAGCGCCACAAAUGACUUCCAUGUCCGGAAAUUCUAAUGAUCCAGAGUCCAGUGCUCGCCUUCGCCUACUAGGAGCAUCAGCGGCCGCAGCAGCCGUUCAAGCAGCGGCACUUGCUGCCGUGGCUGAAUCACAACAGCAACACACGUCACAAUCAUUGAAAUCUCCUUUCUUCUACAUGCCGUCUGUAAGUGCAUAUUCUAGCAAUAUCCAGCGUCAACAGCACUCUAGUAUGCUUGCAUCUCCUCAGCUUGGUCAGAUCAACAGUCUUCAUUCGCAUCUAGCUCACGCCAGCAUACCAAUUUUACCUAAUACCUAUGCGCCCGCACCCAUUUCCAUACAUACUCCAAUUAUGCGCUUUCGAGAGCCACGAGAAGCACCUCUGCGCAAAAUGUCCGUAAAUCUCAUCAAAACGUACAAGCAUAUUAAUGAAGUAAGUCUAUCUGCCAUUUUAUCUAAAGAUUUUGUCCAUUGA